AUGUAAGAAUAUGAUAUAGAAGCAAAAAAUAUUGAAAAUGAACUUAUUCAAAAAUAAGCUUUGGAAUAUUAAAAAGCUUAAGAAGAAUUCGAAACAGUUAUGCCUUCUAUUCCUAAAGACUCUUCAGAAGUAUUAAACCUAAUUAAAAUGGAAGAACGUUUAGUAAAAUAGAGCUUAUUUAUUGAUGCACAUAAAAUAAAAUAAUAAAGAAUUUAACUGCAAAAAGAAGUAAAUAAAAACUUUAAUUUACAAAGAACUAAUAAAUUAAUAAAUCAAAUGAAUAUUUUUAAAUAAAAACAAAAUUAAGAAUAAAAUGCAUUAAAAUAAAGAAUAUUUUAAGCAAAAGAUGAAUUACAAAAGGCUAGAAAUAUUGAGCUUGAAAACACCUACAAGUGUUUCAAUUUCCAAAUAUUAACAAAUAUAAAAAUGAAAAAGAACUUAGAAAGUAUGAUAAGACUCAAGAAAAAAACUUCUUUAAUAAUAACAAAUUGA